UUUUUUUACAAUGUCUUCAAAAUUUUUGGCAGAGUUAUCUAGUGAUUAUGAAAAACUUUUUGAAACUGAAAUAGGAUAUGAUGUUAUUAUUUAUGCUGGAGAAGAACCGAAUGUUAAAGAAUUCCACGCUCAUUCAAAUAUUUUAUGCAUUAGGUCUAAAUAUUUUCGUACGGCAUUUUCUAAUGAAUGGGCAGAAAAAAAGGAUGGAAAAUUUAUUUUGAGGAAACCAAAUAUUUCGCCACAUUUAUUUAAUAUUAUUCUCAGGUUUAUUUAUUGUGGAAAUAUUGAAUUGGAAAAUUUACAAGGACCAGAUGUAUUGAAAUUUUUGAUAGCUGUAGAUGAACUCAAUAUUCAACAAUUAAUUUCUCAUAUUCAAGAAUAUUUAAUUGAAAAUCAAACUGAAUUUUUAUGUAAAAACCCAACUAGUAUUCUUGAAAUUGUUUAUCAGCAUGAGACAUUUACUGAUUUAUGGAAUUUUUGUCUUGAAAAAAUCUGUGAUGAACCUAAAAUUUUGUUUGACUCUGAUAAAUUUUUUGAUCUAAAAGUACCUUUAUUAGAAUUAUUAUUAAAGAGAGAUGAUUUAGAUAUGAACGAAAUCGAAGUUUGGGAAAGUUUAUUGAAAUGGUGCUUGUUUCAACAAAACAUGGAAAAUGAUCCAACUAAAUGGAGUAAUGAUGAUAUUAUGAAGAUUGAGAGAUCAUUAUAUAGGUUUAUUCCAUUAAUUAGAUUUUAUAAUAUUGAACCUGCAGACUUUUUUUACAAAGUUUAUAUUUACAAAGAAAUCUUACCAAAAGAUUUAAUCCAUGAUCUUUUGGAAUUUUAUAUUGUUCCUAACGUGAAUCCUAAAACUAAUAUAUCACCUUCAAGAAAACCAAAUUUAAAUUGUAAAAUUGAUUCAACCCUAAUUCAAUCAAACCAUAUUCCUCUUUUUGCUUCAUGGAUUGAUAGAAAAGAUUCCUUCUAUAACAAAAAUGAAAUUCCUUAUGAAUUUAAAUUAUUAUAUCGUUCAAGUCGGGAUGGAUUUAAUACUAAAUCAUUUCAUCAGAAUUGUGAUAAUAAAGGAGCUACUAUUUGGGUAGCAAAAAUUCAAGAUUCAAAACAAUUAAUUGGAGGAUAUAAUCCACUUGAUUGGAAUGGAAAUGGUUGGAAAAGUACUAGAGAUAGUUUUAUGUUUAAUUUUACAAAUGGAAAACAUAUUUCUACUGCAAAAUUAGGUUACGUUAAAGAACUAAAUUAUGCUAUUUUUUGUGCUAAUAAUCAAGGUCCACGUAUGGGUUAUUUUUACUGUAAAGACGAUAGUAAUAAAUGGAUAAAUUAUAAAAAUUCUACUUACUGCUAUCCUGAUAUAGGUAUUCUUCCAACCGAGCUUUCAGUAGAUUAUUAUGAAGUAUUUCAAAUAAUUAAAAAAUAGAAAUAAAAUUUAAACAUUCAGUAUUGCUUAUUAUAUAAAUAAACGAAAUUACUUGGC